UGCGCCGGUAGAAUUAAGCAUGAUCAUGCUUUCGUGAUUGCGCGAGAUGACGUUUUUUUAAAUGCAUUCUUUCGCAUGUGUCAUACCGUGUGUUGUGCGAAAAUAUAAUUUUUAGAAACAAUAGCGGAAGUGUUAAAACAAUGAUAUUCUUGAUCAAUUGCAUAAAUGCACCCACUAUGAUUUAGAGAACAUUCGUUUUUGAUUAAGUUGAGAGGUUAAGUUUCCGACUUAAUUUGACAUUUCGUGAAUAAAUUUAAGACAAGUUGUCCAUUUUUUUUUGCGAGAAUUUAAGUUAAGAGAAUCGUAAAAGUGUAGAUGACUUUUGUUUUUUGCCGCAUAAAAUAAUUUAAUCUUGACAUUUCGCAGUUUCCGUUGUAAACAAUAUAGUUGAAUAUUAGAAUGUUCAAACAUCAUUAUAUGCACAAUUAUGGAUCUCUGCAUCCAUACUGGUGUAGUUCUUCGUGGAGCAAAUGCUAGGGAAGACGAGGUCCAUAGUUCAGGAACGCUUAACAUUGUGGAAUAUAGUUUUGGCAAAUGCAUAGAAUGGAGACCCGUAGAAGAUUCUGUGGUAUCAGAAUGCCAAGAUCAAGAUCCAGAGUGGUCUUUAGUGGAUACACACACAAGAAGAACUCGUACAAACUCGGAAGGUCCAGAUUCUCUUGGGCGUGCCAGAAUCGUUAAAAUCUUAUUUUCUGAUUUAAAGUCUUUUCGCGUGAAUCAUGGUGGACAACAACUUAUAUUUAUGCAGAGAGAUGGUACCACCUAUGUUGCCUUCUUUCAGCUAUGCAACGCUGAAAGUUUUAUUAAUUCAUUGAAAGUAUUUAUUAAAUUCGUAAAGUCACGUUCGGAUAAGAACUUGUAUCUUGUUCUGGAUGAAGUUGAAUCUGUAUUAAAGAAGUCUUUUGCCGAGUUAGAUCUGUUUCAAGAGAAUACUUCCGAUUAUGUAUGGAAAUUUGUAAAAAACCUACAUAAUCGUCCUUAUGAAACAACAUUGGAGGCAUUCAGCAAACUUGCAGAUAUUUGGUUGUAUAAAGAGCCAGUAAAGCGACCAGUUGAAGAGGCAGUUGCUGAUUUAUUAAAUCAGUCUCUUACAAUUCAGCCUCAUCCACGUGUUUCUGUAUCUGUAGGAUCUGGGGAAGAGUAUGAAGUGAUUGGAGUCGGAAUAGAUCUACCUCCGCGAUCGCCAUGUCCACGAGGCGCACCAUUGACUCAAGAACAGUGGGAGAAAUAUAAAGAUUCAGAAGGUAGAAUUAACAAUCCAGAGGCUGUCAAAGAAAUCAUCUUUCGUGGGGGUGUUUAUCCAUCAUUACGAUUUGAAGUGUGGAAAUUUUUAUUGAAUUAUUAUCCAUGGAAAUCAACGCAUAAUGAAAGAUUAGAGCUGAAGAGGAAAAAGACUGAUGAAUAUUUCACAAUGAAAUUGCAAUGGCGUACAUUCACAUCCGCGCAAGAAAAUCGAUUUUCUGAUUAUAGGGAACGAAAAAGUUUAAUAGAAAAAGAUGUUAACAGAACGGAUAGAACACAUGCUUAUUAUGCAGGCGAUAACAACCCUCACUUAGAGCAAUUGUACGACAUACUUAUGACUUAUGUAAUGUACAAUUUCGAUUUAGGAUAUGUUCAGGGAAUGAGCGAUCUUCUUAGUCCUAUCUUAUUUUUAAUGGAUAAUGAGGUUGAUGCAUUCUGGUGUUUUGUUGGAUUCAUGGAUAAAGUGAGCACUAACUUUGAGAUGGAUCAAAAAGGAAUGAAAGAACAAUUAUGCCAAUUAUAUACAUUAUUGUGCACCACGGAGCCGCAGUUGGCAUACUAUCUAAAUAGACAUGAUUCCGGCAACAUGUUUUUUUGCUUUCGAUGGUUACUAGUACUUUUUAAACGAGAGUUUAGUGCGAUUGACAUAUUCAAAUUGUGGGAGACCUUGUGGACGGGUCUACCUUGCAAAAAUUUUCAUUUGCUUAUAUGUGCAGCUAUUUUGGACACGGAGAAGAAUAUUUUAAUAGAAAACAAUUAUGGAUUUACGGAAAUUCUGAAGCACAUAAACGAUUUGUCACUUCACAUCGAAUUGCCUUGGACCAUUUCUAAGGCAGAAGGUAUUUACUAUCAGCUCAUGUCCGUGGCAGAUCAGAUUCCUGAUGAUGUACGUGUAAUUAUUGGAUUGGAGCCAUUACACAAGUCAACGUCAAUAAAUGAUAGUGAUGACGAGGCAUCCAGUAAUUCUCGGGCUAAUGGAAUUCGUAACAAUUCGAGGAGAAAUAGUUCAAGCAGCGCCAAUGUUAAAUUAGGAGACGAUGAAGUUUCAUUUGAACGUGGAUUGAAUAUGUCGUAUAUGUGAAGUCAGAACUGGAUUUUUAUAAUGAUUCAUUAAUAGAAAGCCGAUUGAAAGUCCUUAUUUUUAUUGUAAUUUUAAUCUGAAGAAGUCUUAUAUAUAGAUAUAGUAUUAUUUUCAAAAUAUUAUUGACAAUAAUUUCCACAUCAUAAAAGCGCGUUCCUAUUGUGUACAUUAUAUAUCGAUCGGAUUUCUCUCAAUCAGGCAGUAGAUUGAAUUUUUUUUUUUUUUAAGACAUGAUUGACUGAUUAUUGAAAUGUUGUGAUUGAGAUUGAAAUUCUAAAGCAUAUGAAUGUAAUGAGUACAUUCUGAGAAGUACUAUUAGUAGUGUUGAAUUUUGAGAUAUUUAUAACAUUUAUUGUGCAUACAGAGACCAGCAAAAAUAGUAUGUGCAUAUGCAAGAAAACCACGAAGAUAUUUUAAUGUCAAAAAGAAAACUCAUCAAGAUGAUUGUAAUGUGUAAUUUUUGAUUACGCAAAAACAGGAUAAAGAUCACAAAUGAUAAAUGUUAAACAUGCAUCACAUUCACCUAAGUUAAAGCCUCUUUUUCAGAUUUGUAUAAAGUCUCACAACAUGAUUGUAUAUUUCUAAUAAAAAUCAUCUAUUAGUCUUUCAUAUUUA